GCGCAAAUGCAAAAACUGCCCUUUAGGGGAAAAACUACCACCAUUCAAUUCUUUCUUCGAUUGAAUCGGCCGCCUCGUCCUCAUAUUCUUAAAACCCUAUUUCUAUACUGCCGCCGUCAUUCACCGGCGUUCCACCUCAGUUCCCUCAAUCUCCUUUCAUUGUUUCUUUAUAUUCUUAUUUUAUUUACAAGCUUUCUCCAGAAUCAACUAAUCCCCAAAAGGCAGUAUCUGAAACCCUAAAAUAAGUGAAAUUAUUCUGUCUUUCUCAACACCUUUGUGUCUCGCUUGUCCCUUACGAUUGUACAGAUUCUGCUUAUAGUGGGAACCUGCACCGGAUUCGACCUUUAUUUUGUAUCGGUUUCUUCAAGGGAAAAGUAAAUAAAUACGUCUCCAUUUCAAUGGAUUCUCCUGAGCGUAGCAGUCGGAGUCACGCAAGACGUGAUAGAGAGGAUAGUUCAGACUUGAAAAGUGAUAGGGCGGCUGGGGAUGAAGAAGAAUGGGAGGCAAUUGAUGGUAAGAAGAAGCAUAAGUCUAGCAAGUCUAGAAAAACUAGCAAUGUCGAAGAAGGUGAGGGAGUGGAAAGCGGCAGUGGAAGGAGGAGAAAUUCUGGGGAUAGAAGUGAGAGCCGUAAAAGAUCAGGUGCUUCCACUAGAGCUGAUACCGACGAAGAGGAUUGUGAUGCACAAAAACCUUCCCGUUCCAAGCAGAUCAGAAGAAAACAAGAGGAAAGUUCCUUGGAGAAAUUGAGUAGUUGGUACCAGGAUGGAGAACCCGAAAGCAGGCAAGAUGGUGCUGAGAAAUCUUCUGGUAAAGGAAAUGCUUGGGCUGAUGAAACUGAUAGAAAGAAGGUGGCCUGGAAACUAAGUAGAAGCAAAGAAGAAAGGUCCCAUGAUGGAGAAGUUGAGAAGUCACUCGAUAGAGAUUCUAGGUAUUCAGAAAGGAGGGAAAGCAGCCGUGAUAAGGGUCAUGGCUCUUCUGAAUUGUCAAGAAACUCUAAAAGAAGAUGGGAUGAGUUGAAUGCUUCCAAGAAAGCUGAAGAAAGUAAUUAUGAAAAACCUGAUCCGACUAGUGGGAAAAAUUCUGGUCUGAAGUAUGACAGUGCUAGAGAGAAUAGUGCUUCUGCUCGAAAUGAGCCUAGUGAGAUUAAAAGCAUUGCUGCUGAUUCAAACAAUGAGAAGAGUGCCAAAUCCAGCAGUAGGGAUGAGAGAAGAAUUGAUGAUGAGAAGAGCAAAGGUGGAUCAGAUGCCCUAGAAGAAGACAAUAGACCUAGUCCAUUGAAUCGUGAAGACAGAUCAGGUAGGGAGAAAAUUGAGAAGCACAGACAGCAGAGAACUCCUGGUCGAGAUGUUGAUAGCCGAGAAAAGACAUACAAUAUGGGUGAUGAUGGGGUAGCAUCUAUGAGGGACAAAAUUUCAAGAGAAGGAGGGCAAACAAACAGGUCUAGGACCCCUGAGAGAAGUAGUAGGCGAUAUCAAGAAUCAGAUCCCUCUGAGAUGGAUUUUGAAAGAAGCUUGGAACUCAAAACAAAAGAAUUUGAAAGGGAUGACAGAUCCAAAAGCAGGGUUGAUAAUUGGAGUGACAGGAGUAGGGACCGAGAAGAUUCAAAGGAAAACUGGAAAAGGAGGCAAUCGAGUAAUAAUGAUAAAGAGUCCAAAGAUGGAGACAAUGCAUAUGAUCGUGGUAGAGAUUGGGAUUUGCCAAGGCAUGGCCGGGAAAAGAAUGAAAAUGAAAGGCCUCAUGGUCGGCCAGGAAAUAGAAAAGAUGGAAAUCGAGGUGAAGCUUUCAAAACGUCAUCAAAUUUUGGAAUCUCAAAUUAUAAUUAUGAUGUUAUAGAGAUCCAAACCAAGCCUCUUGAUUAUGGAAGAGCCGAGUUUGGAUCCAACUUUCCCCGGAAAACUGAAAUUGGUCAGCAGUCUGACAUUAAGUCUGCCCCAAAUGAGGAAGAGUGGGGAUAUAUGCAAGAAAAUAGAGGAAGGAGGAGUGAUGCAUAUGGUUCUGGUCCCUUGGAUGAAGGUUCAAGGGAGAAAUAUACAGAGGAAAGUAAUUCAGCACAAGAUCCAAAUGUCCUGAAUGAUGAACUUGAUUACGGUGGAGGGAAAUGGCGAGGCCAGAAACUUACCUUAUCUGGCCUUGGGUUUGGUGGCCAAAAUUCUAGUGCGGCGUCUCAACCACCUUACGGGAAUCAGGAUGUAGGAACUUUUGGCCGUGUUCCUCCUCAAGGCAUGAAAGGGAGUAGGAUAGGCAGAGGAGGAAGAGGAAGGUCUUCAGGGAGGGACAAUCAACAGAUUGGUCUUGCCAUACCUAUGACGGGAUCACCAUUUGCCCAUCUCGGGAUGCCACCACCUGGACCCAUGCAACAAAUUAACCCUAGUAUGUCUCCUGCUCCUGGCCCUCCAAUUUCUCCAGGUGUCUUCAUUCCACCGUUUUCCCCGCCUGUGGUAUGGCAUGGGCCUCGAGCAGUUGAUAUGAAUAUGCUAGGUGUUCCACCUGGUUUCUCUCCUGUCCCCCCUGGACCAAGGUUCCCUCAUAAUAUGGGAGGUCUGCCAAACCCUGGUAUGGACUUUAAUCAGUCAGGACCUGGAAGAGGACCUUCAAAUGUGUCUAUGGCUAGCUUUAAUGGGGCAGGGGCAAUGGGACGAGGAACACCACCUGAGAGAACAUCUGGGGGUUGGGUUCCUCCUAGAACGGGUGGUCCUCCUGGUAAAGCUCCUUCAAGAGGAGAACAAAAUGAUUAUUCACAAAAUUUUGUUGAUACUGGUAUGCGACCGCAGAACUUCAUCAGGGAGCUAGAGCUUACCAAUGUUGUGGAGGACUAUCCAAAGCUAAGGGAGCUUAUACAGAAAAAGGAUGAGAUUGUAGCUAAAUCUGCCUCUCCUCCCAUGUAUAUGAAGUGUGACCUCCGUGAAUUUGAAUUGUCUCCUGAUUUCUUUGGGACAAAAUUUGAUGUUAUUCUUAUAGAUCCCCCUUGGGAAGAAUAUGUUCACCGGGCUCCUGGAUUUGCUGACCAUAUUGAAUACUGGACAUUUGAAGAGAUCAUGAAUCUUAAGAUUGAGGCAAUAGCUGACACUCCAUCCUUUCUCUUCCUUUGGGUGGGUGAUGGUGUGGGACUUGAGCAGGGUCGUCAGUGCUUAAAGAAGUGGGGUUUCCGGAGGUGUGAAGAUAUAUGCUGGGUGAAGACUAACAAAACAAAUUCAACCCCAAGCUUACGUCAUGAUUCUCAUUCUAUAUUUCAGCACUCCAAGGAACACUGCCUGAUGGGUAUAAAAGGAACUGUUCGACGUAGUACUGAUGGUCAUAUAAUUCAUGCCAACAUUGAUACUGAUGUAAUUAUUGCGGAGGAACCUUCUUAUGGUUCAACUCAAAAGCCUGAAGAUAUGUAUCGAAUUAUUGAGCAUUUUGCUCUUGGCCGCAGAAGGCUUGAGCUUUUCGGUGAAGAUCACAAUAUUCGAUCUGGUUGGCUGACUGUUGGUAAAGGACUGUCCUCAUCAAAUUUUAAUGCAGAGGCAUAUAAUAGAAACUUUGCUGACAAGGAUGGUAAAGUGUGGCAAGGUGGGGGAGGACGAAAUCCGCCGCCGGAUGCACCUCAUUUAGUGAAGACAACCCCAGAUAUUGAGGCACUGCGUCCCAAGUCGCCAAUCAAGAAUCAGCAGCAGAUGCAACAGCAACAGUCAACAUCUAUAUCUCUGACGUCCAAUUCCUCCGGCAAAAGACCUGCCGGAAAUUCACCUCAGAACCCAAGCGUGCUGGGUUUGAAUCAAGAAGGGUCAAGCUCCAACCCGUCAACUCCUGCUGCUUGGGCUUCACCGAUGGAGGCAUUCAGGGGGAGGGAAGGCGUAAACAUGUCAUCAGAUGAUAGGGUGUUUGAUAUGUAUGGCUACGGUGGCCAGACAAACGGGGAAUACCUGGAUUUUGAUUCUCAUAGACCAAUGAAUUUAAUGUAACAAAUUGCAGUGAAACAAUGUUUUGAUUUUUGCAGUUAAAAUAAAAUGCGAUUGGAUAGAGAGAUGUAAAUUUCAUU